CAACAAGGCUGAACUGUCAUUCUGUUCGCAUAUAGCGUCACCAUGCCCCCGUCAUAACCAAAGUCGCUUUCCAUACACCAACACCGGAAAUAUGAGGAUCAUCACUCAGUACGAUGCCGUCUUCCACACGUCCCAAGUUCACCGAUUACACUAUCGGAUGGGUCUGCGCCUUACCACUCGAACUCGCCGCCUCCCUCUUGAUGUUCGACGAACGUCAUGAAGCUCCUCUAAUUCCUUACCGCGACGAUCAGAACUAUCAUUUUGGUCGCAUCGGUCGCCAUAAUGUGGUACUCACAUGUCUGCCAUCGUCUCGUACUGGCACCAAUGCCGCAGCCUCAGUUGCUCGCGAUAUGAUGCGAACGUUCCCCAUUAGCAUCGUCUUGAUUGUCGGUAUUGCAGGGGGAAUCCCUUCCGAAGAACACGAUAUACGGCUUGGUGAUGUUGUUAUUGCCAAGCCACAGGAAGAACACGGUGGAGUCAUUCAGUAUGAUUUCGGUAGACAGAGUGCUGGCGUGUUUGCCCAGUCUAGAUGGCUGAACCGGCCUCCUCAAAAGGUUCUAGGUGUUUUGUCAACGAUGGAAGCAUUGAGUAUGUCUGAUUCCAUCAAUAUCACCCAGCAUGUGGAUGCUGCUGCCGCCAGGGUACCAUCUUUCGGACGACCAGACCUAAGCCGACAUCCUGACAAUCUGUUCAAAGCCACGUACAAUCAUCGUGGGAGACCUUCGACUUCGUGCCAUCAUUGCAAUGCAUUAUGCAGGGUGACCCGCAACCCCAGACCACAUUCUCGGAUACAGGUCCACCAUGGAAAUGUUCUUUCUGGCAACACCUUGAUGCGAGAUGCUCUCGAAAGAGACCGGCUUGGCUCAGAUUUCCAAGCUCUUUGCUUCGAGAUGGAGACGGCCGGACUAUACGAAACAUGCCCAGCACUAGUCGUCCGCGGCAUUUGCGAUUAUGCUGAUUCACAUAAAAACAAAGCAUGGCAGAAUUAUGCGGCACUUACUGCUGCCGCUUACGCAAAAGAGGUUCUCCACUACAUGAAUCCUAUACAAGCGCAGCUCUCCUCCGAGACUGUGGCUCUUAUUAACACUGUAGCCACCUACGAGGAGCAGAAUUCCAGAGCUAGCCUUGACCUAGUCAUGAGCGUUCCAAAGAAACUAGACGCAGUCACCGAUUGGGUUUCCCAUGUCGCUUCGACACACGAAUCCCAAACUAGUCAGCCCUCAAUCCCAUCUAUUCAGCUCCCUCAAAACAGCGACUCGCGGGAAGAGAUUUCCGAGGCCAAUCGCACCGCCUCUAAUAGGCUUUUUCCGAUCGCUAGGGAUUCGAUGCCUCUCGGCUUCGUAUUCGAGCUCACGGGUUCGGCUAGUGACCCACUACCUGAGCAAUCCGAGCUUUCAACUGACGUGCAAGAAUGGCCCGGAACCACUAUUUCGGAUUACAAACAACUCCAAUUGCAGGCCUUUUCUGUACUGCAUAACUUGGUGGUGAGCUAUGUGAAGCAGUCAGGGGUUUAUAGCCAAGUGUCGUCGUGGGUCAAAGCUGCUAACAGCCUCCCACGCCCAAUGUCGAUGCUGCUUUCUGACAACAUCAUUCUUACAGACGCCGCGAAUAACAAUCACAGCCUGCCUUUCCAGUAUUUUCAGGAUUGGAAUACUUUCAACACCAUGAUCAAGAACCAAUUCCAAGGCCACCCGGGGUAUCAAAAGAUCGCUUCCGACCAGUUCUGCAUCUCCAUGGUCGACUCACCCGAUUUUAUCCUCAACGGACAAAAUUGGAAGAACGUCAAGCCUCGGUCGAAACUUACCAUGGAUAUCAAAUUUCAGAACGUAGCCAUUUCGGUGAAUGAAUGUCCGAUUUGCAAAAAAAGCCUCUUGAGCGACGGCGGCCGCUCAUGGCAGUGUCGCAGUUGUGGUGUAUCGUACACAAAGCUGGAUCAAACUCACAUCGAAGCGGACGCCUCCUCGCUCCGUCAGUUUGGACCAGGCUCCAAGCGUCGUCAACUUGCAGACGGUUUCCUCAAGGCUCCUUCUACCCUUCCUUCUCUCAACCUCUAUGCCGCGUAUGACGGCGGAGCUGUCGAUACCUCUCAAGCUAGAUUGACCAAUAGUCUUGGAGUUCGACGUGACCUUCCUCGAACAGCCGAAGGAUUUUACGAGGUUUCUAUCCCGGUGGAACCGUCCACUUCGGAAAAGGGAUCAGUCAUGGUCAAUUGGAGCAAAGUUCGAGAUGACUUGAAACGACAACGAGACGAGGAAGAGGAGGAUCCAUUUGACGAGAGCGUCCAAGACACAGGGGAGAUGCGCUUGUUCAAAAGAGUUCGGGUCCAGGAGGAAACCGAUCUUUAUCAAGCAGUCUUGAAUCCUGGCCAGGAUGUGUCCAAGAGGCUACAACGCUGCCGUUUUGUUGACAAUGAACAAGGACCUUGGGGCACUGCUCUGACUGCCGCUGUCUUGUCAGGCUCACAGCCCACUGUCAAAGACCUUUUGGCAGCCGGUGCAGAUCCUCUGCUGGAAAGAGGUCCGCUUGGUUCGCCUGUCCGAGCAGCCGCUCUUCAUGGGCAUGAUGCAAUCCUUUUCGACCUGUUUCUGGCAGCAAAACAACGAUUGCAACGUGGGCAUCAUACCGCCAAAAGAGCUCGACAGUUCUUUGAGGGCCUCCAAAGUGCAUUGAGGAUUGCCACGGUCUCGCAUCGGACGGGCUGCAUCCACGUGUUGUGUUUCUUCGGAGCCAACCCAUUUGCAGCCGGGCCCAACGAUCUGUCCCCGUUUUUGGACUCGGUUCGUCUCCAUCAUGACAUUAUCACGACUUAUUUUCUCGACGAAGCCUUGCACCGCGGGCUGCUGACGACGGUGGAAUUCCAGCUCGUCAAGAAAGCCAUCGACGACCGUCACAACCCUGAUCCCGACCCUUCAGGGGUCGCAAUCGAUGAAGAUGGGGUCAAGCGCCAUAUCGAUCGGCUUGACGCCGAGCUGGCGGAUUGUGCCGAACAGAUAGUGGUGGGCCGUGGCAGGAAGCUGCAGAGCUGGAUCAAUACCAGAAUCCGGAUACAACGGCCAUGGGAAUGGAUCGGAGGAGGUCCAGGAUUGGAACGAUUUCUGUCCACCGACUCGGAUCGAUAUGGACCUCUAGAUGAGGAUGACGAUGUCAUGAAUACAGGACCAGAGAUACGGGUUACACCUCCAUGAAGGUAUGGAGAAUGUUUAUACAUACUAUUAAUAUCAUGAUUGAACAAUUUCUA